AUGCCACGCUGGACAGUUCAACAAACACAGUGGAUCCGACAAUUACUUCCAGUGUGUGAUCACGAUGCACAUCUUGCUCAACGUCAGCUGGCUUGGCUUAAGGAAAAGGUCCUGGCUGAUCAUCGUGGAUCGAGUGCACUCGAGUCUCGUUUGAUUUCUCAUUUGAGCGUGGCUGAAUGUAACCAACUCGAUGAGCAUGUCAAAGAGCGUGCAAACAAUAAACCAUUACAGUAUAUUCUCGGUACACAACCGUUUUGUGAUCUCGAGAUAGUGACAAGACCACCAGUACUCAUUCCACGGCAAUGUAAAAUCACAAGUAAAAAUAUUCUCAAGCCCCAUGCUGCGGCAAGAUACAGCAAGGAAAAUCCUCUGCGUGUAUUGGAUGUGUGCACUGGGUCAGGAUGUAUUGCUUUGGCCAUGAGUGCACACUUGCCAGCCGCAAGAGCAUCCAUCCUUGGCUUGGACAUCGGCAGUGAAGCAAUUGAUCUGGCUCGACAUAAUCUCAAAGUCCUUGACGAUGAAUUGCAGAACCCGGUCGAAUUUCGUCAACAGGACAUUUUUGACCCGGUCAAGGAACCUUUCUUUGACGUAGUCGUGUCCAAUCCUCCUUAUAUUACCACCGAGGAAUAUGCUGUUUUGGAUGCAGAUGUCAAGGACUGGGAAGACGAACGGGCCCUGGUGGCGCUUGAAGACGGAACACGGGUGCAUAAGAGGAUUAUUGAGGUUGUCAGUGCACACACAAAGCCAAAUGACAGCAAUAAUGACAAGAAUAAGAAUAUAGAGGAACGUGAAUUUCCACGCUUAAUUAUGGAGAUGGGUGGAUCACAUCAGGUUGACGCCCUUUCUUACAGUCUAGAAAAGCAUGGAUUUAGGAACAUUAGUGUCUGGAAAGAUCUUGCAGACAAAGACAGAGUGAUUGUUGGCUAUUGA